AUGAUGGUUGCGUCACAGAGGAAAUCGAUAAACAAGGUGUUUAAGAGGGUUGUGAUUUAUGGGUUUGGAAGGAAGGGCCAAAAGAGAAGUAACUAUGAGAUUCAGAACAAAGAUGAGACAAGGGAAAUGGUGCAGAUUGGUGCUAAGAUGACAAAAAAUGUGCUCAUCUUGAUGAGUGAUAUUGAUGGCGGUCAUGGAGCUUCA